AUGCAUCGGUUGCUCUUUUAUGGAAAGUUCACGAUAAGACUGUUCGCUAAGCAUUCUAAUUAUAUUUCUAUGUUAGGAAGAUAUUGCAUAAUAUUAAAGAAUAAAAAACAAUGUCGUGUAUACGAUCAUAGCUCUAUUUUUAAAU